AUGGUGAACAUCGCCAUUGCCGGAGGAACUGGCGGCGUUGGGCGUAGCAUUGUGGAUGCACUCAAAAAUGAUCCGAGACACUCCACCAUCAUCCUCUCUCGUACGGAAGCGGCAGAAGAUAAAGCUGGAGUCCCUGUUGUGGCAGUUGAUUACGACGACAGAACGUCCCUGCAGACGACCUUGGAAACCCACGAGAUCCACACCGUGAUAUCAGCUCUAGCCCUCCACAUCAUUGGGGUUGGCCAGGCUCAAAUCAACCUCAUUCAAGCAGCGGACAAGAGCAAUUUUACGCAGCGUUUCAUUAGUAGUAGCUGGGCAGUUAGACCGUCGAGUCACGAGCUGGAAAACUCACGACUUGAAUGGACAGCAUUCAAUUGCGGGUGGUUCCUCGACUAUUACGCAAUGCCCCAUGUCGAGACAUACAUUCCGCAAACAACCUUUGUUGUUGACAUGGCCAACAGGCAAGCAUCCAUACCUGGAGAUGGAAAACAAAAAAUGACAUUCACCUAUACCAAAGACGUCGCCAAAUUCGUCGUGGAAGCUCUCGUCCUAGCCACAUGGGAGCACGACACAUAUCUCAUUGGCGACGAAAUGACCUGGGAAGAAUUCAUUGCGAUUGCCGAAGAGGCUCGUGGAGGGAAGAAGUUCCAUGUCACAUACGAUAGCGUUCAGAAGCUCCAAUCUGGCGAGAUCACGGAGCUGCCAGGCCAGGUUGCUGCAUACUCGUACUUCCCGAAACAGUGGGCUCAACAGCUAUUCUCCACCUUUGGUUUCUGGGUCACUGAAGGUCUCUUCGAUUUCCCAAAGGAUAGGGCCCUGAAUCAGGUAUUCCCACAACUAAAGGUUACUGGAGUGAAGGAAAUGCUUCAGAACUCAUGGGAAGGUCGGUAG